AUGGUUUAUAAGAAGUGUUCGAACAAUGAACUGCAAUGUUCAACAUCCACUAUGAUGCAAGAUUGUCCAGCAUUCAUAUAUGUGAGAGUGGUCACUGAUGGCUCUAAUAUAGAAAUUUCAUGUAUGGAUGAAAGGCAUAACCAUGCUAUGCCUGAAAUGUUAUUUUCUAAUUUACCCAAUCAGCGUCGAUUAGCUCCUCAAACUAAAUCGGAAGUGAUUAAGUUGAUGGAUAUGAAGGCUAAUAAAAAGUUGAUUCAGGCUAACACAUAG